AUGCCGCCAAUUAUUGGAUUCAAUCCUAAUCGCCUUAAAGUUCAAUUAAAAUUAGCAAUUAAUAGAAUUAAACUCGCGCAACAAAAGAAAAAUGUUAGUAGUAAAUUACAACGUAAAGAAAUUGCAACGUUAUUAGAAAAUAAUAAAGAAGAAAGUGCCAGAAUAAGAGUAGAAGGAAUUAUUCAUGAUGAUUAUUAUGUCGAAGCAAUGGAAGUUCUUGAACUGUAUUGUGAACUUCUUAUAGCACCCGUUAAUACAUUAUUGUAUGCGUCUUCAAGAUUGGAUAUUAAAGAAUUACUUCCAAUCAGAGACCAAUUUAUUUCAAAAUUCGGCAAAGAAUUUGUGAAGAAUGCAGUUGAAAAUGUGAAUGAUUGUGUGAAUGAAAGGAUUGUACAAAAAUUAAUUGUUGAUAAUCCGGAUUCAUUUCUUGUAGAACGAUAUCUUGAAGAAAUUGCUAAAAGUUUUAAUGUUGAUUGGAACUCAAAACAUAAUAAUUAUUCAGAUAAAGAAACAAUAGAUUUGGAUGAUUUAAGUAUUAAAUUAAAUAAUAAUAAUAGUAAAGAGAAGGAUGAAUAUACAGCAUUACCAGAUUUAAAUGAUGAUGGUUUCUUUGUUAAUAAAUCAUCGUCACCUUCACCUCUGCCUCCGCCACCACCUUUUCUAUUUAAGAAGAUACAUCUCAAAAACAUCAGAUACAAAGAUUUACAAACCACAUUUGUAUUAAGGACUGUUCGUGAAAUUGUUAUCGCGGCAUGGGCAAUACAAAAGCCUGAAGUAAAACCAUUGAAUCAAGAAGAUCUAAAAUGUAAACAAUUAAUGAGGGAGGUGAUUAAUGCUGAAUCUGAUUUAGUUGGAUUGUUAGGAAUUGAUUUUUCAGUCAAAUUGCCAGAAAUAGUUUUACAAUACAAAUCAAAUGAAAUCGCUUUAGCAGCGGUUUAUAUAAUUAUUAGUAGGCUUUCUUUACGAUGCACAGAGAAUUUUACUGAUUUAUGUAAAAAGUUUGGAAAAGCAAAUCCUGUUUCGGUGAUGAAACUAUUCGAAAAGUUAUCAUAG